GUUGUCUAGUACAGGAAGUUCUUUUCCUUGACAGCUUUCCUUAAUCGUCUAUCUUAGUAGAUUUGCAUCUUGUGCUCGAUAUAAGGAAGUAAAUAUGUAAUAUAUCUCACCAUUUUCUACUUCGACUGUUAGCAUCAGGCUCGCUGAGGGCAGCGGUGUAGUUUGUGGAGGUGGAGAUGUGCUCGAUGGAGAAGGUGCUGGGCGACGCGCGGACGCUGCUGGAGCGGCUGAAGGAGCACGACACUGCCGCGGAGAGUCUCAUCGAGCAGUCGAGCGUCCUCAACCACAAGAUCCACAGCAUGAAGGAGGUCGGAAACUCUCUUCCUGACAAGUACACGGAGGAAAGCACGGAGUAUCAGGAGCUGUCCAGAUACAAGCCUCACAUCCUGCUGACCCAGGAGAACACCCAAAUCAAAGACCUCCAGCAGGAGAACAGAGAGCUCUGCCUCUCUCUGGAGGAGCACCAGUACGCUUUAGAGCUGAUCAUGGGCCGAUACCGAAAACAGAUGCUUCAGCUGAUGGUGGAAAAGAAAGAGCUGGAUGCCAAACCUGUGCUUAACCUUCACAAGGAUCAUGCUAAGGAGGUUCAAAACCAGUUGGAGCGGAUCUGUGAAAUGGGUCAAGUGAUGCGUCGAGCUGUGCAGGUGGAUGACAAGCGCUACUGCUCUGUAAAAGAGCAACUGGCACAGCUUGAAAUUGAAAACAAGGAGCUCAGGGGUCUGCUGUCCAUCAGCAACAGCUCUGUGAGGCCACAGAGAGAGGAGACAAACCCUGCAGAGACGGCAGCCCAGAGCCCUAACAAACAAGAGCCCUGAUAGAGCAAAUGUCACUUUAGAUGGCAGUUUGUUUAUUUGUAUGUCAGGUGACCUGGCGUCCACUGACAUCUCUGUCUGUAUUGGGUUCUCUAGUGUUGAACUGAACUGUCCUGGCGGGGGUUUACUUCCUGCUGCCUGAUGAUGCACUUUCUGAAGUUUGUUAUUAAAGAUGCUGGUGUUUUUGUUCAGGAAAGAUGUAUCACCUCUUCAGUUUUUUAAUAAUAGAUGCUUAAUAACUUAAGGUAAAUUUGCAUUAUAGAUCAGUUCUGGCUCUAUUUCUGUUUGCAUUUUCAAAAAAAAUAAAAAUUGUGUUUGGAGUACUCCUAUAUUUGUGAAAACUGAUUAUUAACAGGCCUGUUAACUCAUUUUCAUCUCAGGAAAGCAAUCAUAUGUACUGCAGUUGUUAUUUUGUAUAACAAUAUGUGAAAUAAAAUACAAUUAUUCAAGUUUAAA